AUGUCCGAGUCUGUAACAAUCGAGGCGCCUCCCGCGACGGAAAAUGCUCCUGUCAAGGGCAUGAAGAAGAACGGCAAGCAGUGGCACGACAACAAGGGCCCGUUCCGACCAAAGGCGGGCCAAACCUCAUGGGAGAAGCGUAGCGAGGAGAGGAAGGCGCUCGCUGCUGUCAAGGCGAAGGAGAAGGAGCUGAAGGAAGAGAAGGAGUCUGAGCGACAGCGACGAGUCGAGGCUAUCAAGACCAAGCGCGCCGCGAAAGAAGAACGAGAGCGAUUCGCCAAGAUGGAAGAGAAGAUGCACAAGAAGCGCGUCGAGCGCCUGAAGAGGAGAGAGAAGCGCAACAAGAUGCUGAAGUCGUGA